AUGUCCUCAACGCUCCCAACUUUCGGCACUGUUCUCGUCGCCGCAGGAACAGGCACACGAGCAGGAAACGCCAAAUGUUCUAAGGUAUAUCGCGAACUUGCCGGAGAGACUGUUAUAUCCCGUGUUGUCCGAGCCUUUCGUGCCUGGGAUCCCGGCCAUCCCAUUGUAAUUGUGCGGCAUGAGAAUGAUGCGGCACUCCUUGCGAAUGCGAUUGAGGGAGCCGAUGGACAGGUAUAUGAGACAGUUGGCGAGGCCACGAGACAGGCUUCUGUUCUGGAGGGCUUGAUAUUCUUGUCGUCAUUGGAACAACCCCCAUCGCAUGUUCUGAUCCACGAUGCGGCGAGACGGUUUAUAUCGCCGUCUUUGUUGGACAAGACCCGACAUGGGAUGCGUGAACAGCCUGAUGUCGGAAUAAUUUUGGCGAUUCCAGUUUCUGACACAAUCAAGUCCGUUGAUGAGAAUGGCUUGAUCUCCCGCACAGUACCGCGAAAAGGUCUAUACCGUGCGCAAACGCCACAAGCAUUUUCGCUACCCACUGCACUGAAGAUUCACGACCAGCUUGCCUAUGAUACAAGUGUCGAGUAUACAGAUGAUGCCUCUCUCUUUGAGCAAGCAGGCCUAUCCGUCCGUGUCAUACAAGGAGAAGAGAAGAACAUGAAACUCACAUAUCCGACGGAUUUCGAACAAGCGGAACGAAUCCUUCAAGCUAAGCCUCGAUUACCAGAGGUUUCUAUUCCCGAUGUCCGCGUUGGACAUGGAUAUGACACCCAUCGACUCAGUCCUGCGACAGAAAUCACCCUCUGUGAUGUCAAAAUCCCCCAUACCUCCGGACUGCUGGGCCACUCAGACGCGGAUGUAGGCCUUCAUGCUGUAACGAAUGCGUUACUGGGCACGAUUGGGGCAGAUGACAUCAGAAGUCAUUUUUCGCCAUCAGAUCCCAAGUGGAAAGGUGCUUCAUCGGAUCAGUUUGUUCGACAUGCCAGGAAACUUGUCAGUGAUGCUGAUGGCGUCAUUACCCAUGGCGAUGUGAGCUUAAUAUGUGAACGGCCUAAGAUUGGUCCACAUCGGGAUGCACUCAAAACGUCUGUGGCUCGUAUACUCUCUUUGGAUAAGUCGCGUGUAUCCAUUAAGGCUGGGACAAAUGAGAAGGUGGGCUUUGUGGGAAGAGAAGAGGGCAUCAUCGGAUUUGCAACGGUAACGGCUGUGUUUCCUGGCGGCGUCCCGCAGGCUGAAAUCAAUCCUGAUUAUGAUACUACCUACUAG